UCCAAUCACACUCUCAUAUCUUAGCUUCUCUUGUUUUAUUUAUUAAUUACUCAUCAUCAAUGCACGCUAAUAGUAAUGAUAAUGAUGAUUAAUUAACUAGUAGUAAGUACUACUGUGUAACUUAACAAGAAAAAUAAGUUAAGCUAAGAAAAUGUUUAGUCUCAAAGUGUUUUUAGUUACCUUUGUCUCCUUAAUCGUUUCCUCACUGGCCAAAAGUAACUUGAGCGAAGUUACUUACGAUGGAAGAUCACUCUUUAUCAAUGGAAAACGAGAGCUUUUUUACUCCGGUUCCAUUCAUUAUACACGAAGCACUCCCGAGAUGUGGCCGGACCUUCUUGAUAAGGCGAAACGUGGAGGUAUAAACGUGAUUCAAACUUACAUAUUUUGGAAUGCUCAUGAGCCUGAGAAAGGCCAGUUCAAAUUUGAUCCUACUAACUAUGAUGUGGUGAGGUUUCUUAAGCUCAUUCAAGACAGAGGAAUGUAUGUUACACUCAGGGUUGGACCUUUCAUUCAAGCCGAAUGGAAUCACGGUGGACUUCCAUAUUGGCUAAGAGAAGUACCUAACAUCAUAUUCCGAUCUAACAAUGAUCCCUUUAAGAAAUAUAUGCAAGAAUAUGUAACAUCUGUGAUAGUAAAGAUGAAAGAAGAGAAGCUCUUUGCUUCCCAAGGAGGCCCCAUAAUAUUGUCACAGAUUGAGAAUGAGUACAACCACAUUCAACUUGCUUAUGAUGAGGAGGGUGAUAACUAUGUCCAAUGGGCUGCAAGAAUGGCCGUUGGAUUGGAUACUGGAGUUCCGUGGAUCAUGUGCAAGCAAAGGGAUGCUCCUGAUCCAGUGAUCAAUGCAUGCAAUGGAAGGCAUUGUGGUGAUACCUUCUCAGGACCAAACAAACCAUACAAGCCACAAAUCUGGACUGAAAACUGGACUGCUCAGUACAGAGUUUUUGGAGAUCCACCAUCACAAAGAUCUGCAGAAGACAUUGCCUUCUCAAUUGUGCGCUUCUUCUCCAAGAAUGGGUCCUUGGUCAACUACUAUAUGUACCAUGGUGGAACAAAUUUUGGUAGAACAAGUUCUGCAUUUUCGACAACUCGAUACUACGAUGAAGCUCCUCUUGACGAGUAUGGUCUACAAAGAGAUCCAAAAUGGGGUCACCUCAGGGAUGGUCAUAGGGCUAUCAAUCUCUGUAAAAAGGUUCUCCUCUUUGGUACUUCUUCUGUCACCAAGCUAACCGAAUUUAAUGAGGUUAUAACGUUUGAGAAGGGUGAUGGAUGUGUUGCUUUUCUUACAAACAACCACACCAAAGUGGAUACAACUAUAAACUUCAAAGGAACAGACUACUUUUUGCCACCACGUUCCAUAAGCAUCCUUGGUGAUUGCAAGAAUGUCAUCUACAACACUCAACUUAUUGCUUCACAACAUAAUUCAAGAAACUUCAAGAGGUCAAAGCUAGCAAACAAUCAUAAGUGGGAGAUGUAUGUUGAGGAGAUUCCAACUACUUUGCAAUUGAAACCAGAUAAGAAUGCACCUGCAGAGCUUUAUAGCAUGCUUAAGGACAUGACUGAUUAUGCAUGGUUCACCACAAGUGUUGAAUUGGGACCAGAAGACUUCCCAAAGAAGGAUGGAACAUCCCCGGUUAUUCGAAUUCUGAGUCUCGGACAUUCAUUGUGUGCUUAUGUAAAUGGAGAAUACAUUGGAUCUGGCCAUGGAUCACAUGAAGAGAAGGCUUUUGAGUUCCAAAAACCAGUGAAGUUCAGGAUUGGAACUAACCAUAUAUCUAUCUUGGGUAGCACAGUGGGACUCCCAGACAGUGGAGCAUACAUGGAACACCGGUAUGCUGGACCAAAGUCUAUUACUAUCCUUGGUCUGAACACUGGAACAAUUGAUGUUACUCACAAUGGUUGGGGUCAUCAGGUUGGUCUUCAAGGUGAGAAGCUUGAAAUUUUCACUGAGGCAGGAUCAAAGAAGGUACAAUGGAGUCCGGCAACGGGGCCAGCACCAGGUCUAAGGUGGUACAAGACACAUUUUACAACUCCUGAAGGAAGAGAUCCUGUUGCCAUAAGGAUGACUGGCAUGGGGAAAGGAAUGGUUUUUAUCAAUGGCAACAACAUUGGUCGUUACUGGAUGAGCUACCUCUCGCCUCUGGGAAAGCCUACUCAGGCCGAUUACCACAUCCCAAGAUCUUUCCUGAAUCCACGUGACAACCUGCUUGUUGUGUUGGAGGAGGAGCCAGGGUCCCCAGAUCAGGUUGUGAUCAAUACUGUGGACAGGAACACAAUCUGCAGUUUCAUCACUGAAAAUCAUCCACCAAAUGUGAACUCAUGGGAGGUCAAGGGCCAGAAACUGAAGCCUAUUGAUGAUACUCCUCCUGAAGCAGGAGCCACACUCAUCUGUCCAGACCGAAACAAGAUCACGGCCGUCGAGUUUGCAAGCUUCGGCGACCCUUCAGGCGUCUGUGGAGAAUAUGUUUUGGGAAAGUGCAAUGCACCUAACUCCAAGCAGAUUAUUGAGCAGGAAUGCUUGGGAAAAGAUUCAUGUUUUGUUCCACUGUCAAAAUUCAACAACGCAGUUGAUUGCAAAGGUGUGAUUAAGACACUUGCCGUCCAAGUUAACUGUGGCUCACCUUCAGCUGCCAUGAGAUGAAAAAGUGAAGACUGAAUUUGAAUGGUGGCCUAAUUUUUUAGUUGCUUGUAUGAUAUAAAUGCAGAGUCUAACAAGAGAGACUCUCAGAUUUUGGUUAGUUUUUUUGUUGUUGGUAGGUAGUGGUAACUACCUGACCUGAGUAUUUGUGUCUGUAUUCAACAACUUUGUUUUUUUAUUCUUCUUUUUUGUUAGCUAUAUUUAUCCCAAGAAAUGUUAAUGUAGAAGAGAAGUUAUAAUAAUUCGGUUUCCUUUUAUA